UCGGCACCGUGUAGGAUCCUCUGAAACCGAUAGAGCAAGAAAACAAGAAAUCUGGCGAAGAACACAGUUUGAUUUCUUCAUAUUUUGCAUAAAAAUGCUCAAAUAAUUGCGAAGAACACAGAAACAGAGAUACGUGGUUUCAAAUCAUGGCGAUCUGGAAAUAAGUCAACACCACACUGCACCAUCACCAUGCACGCAUCGACUGCGAGAUCCCACCUCCAGCUGUGUGCCUGGCUGUAGGAAAUCUUCAGAAAAAGAAAAGAACUGCAGAUUCGAUUGAUACUUAAACUCUCCCUGCAACUGCUACUGAAUCACGCCUGAAUUUAAUAAUCACCAAUAUCGCUUCUUAAAUCGCUGUUAGGUCGCUACAGAUCAUCAGCAAAGCAAAAGCAAAAAGGGAGGAAAAAAAAAAAGCAAACAGUCAAUAGUUGGAUUGUGAAGCAAGGAAGGAAGUAUUCUUCUCGAUAUUUGCGUUAGUAAAAGGCACAUUUGACUGGGCAAAGGAUAGGGGGAUAUAUAUAUAUAGGCAUGGAGCGAUUGUCAGAUGAGCAGAUUUCUGAGUUCCAAGAGGCCUUCUGCCUCUUUGACAAAGAUGGAGAUGGUUGUAUUACUCUGGAAGAACUGGCGACUGUAAUUCGGUCGUUGGGCCAAGACCCUUCUGAAGAAGAUCUAAGAGAUAUGAUCAAGGAGGUCGACAUCAAUGGAAAUGGCACCAUAGAAUUCGUUGAGUUCUUGAACUUAAUGGCAAGGAAGAUGAAGGAGACAGAUGCUGAGGAAGAGCUCCGAGAAGCCUUUAAGGUCUUUGACAAAGAUCAAAAUGGAUACAUCUCAGCCACUGAGCUGAGGAAUGUGAUGAUCAAUCUGGGAGAGAAGAUGACAGACGAAGAGGUGCUUCAGAUGAUCAAGGAGGCCGAUACUGACGGCGACGGGCAAGUGAAUUUCGAGGAGUUUUCAAGAAUGAUGAUGGCUGUCUGAAGAAGAACAUCCAGAUGCAAGUACCAAGCUUCAUGUUGUUUUCUUGCUUAACUCUUCUAUUGGAAUAUUGGUUAGUUUUUUGAUACUUGUAACACAUCAGUUGCCAAUUAUUUAUCAGAUACUACUGUAUCAUCUACUCAGAAAAUAUCAAUCGGUUCUUGUAAGAUUUAGGA